GGUUGGCAAUGGCUCUCUCGGACCAAUGUAUUAAACAUAGGCUUUAUCCCCUCUCUUAUACCCCAAAAUUUGGCCGAGAAUAAUCCCUUAAACUCCAUGCCUAAUAAUGCUAAUAUUCAGUAUUUUUAAAAUGGCGGACUCAAAUGGAAAAAUACUGGUUGAACUUAUAAAAAAACCUGGAAAUAACAAAUGUGCCGAUUGCGGAUUGAAAAAUCCAGAAUAUGCGAGUUACAAUAUUGGGAUAUUUGUUUGCACAAGAUGUGCUGGUAUUCAUCGUUUGAUGGGUGCACAUAUAUCAAAAGUAAAACAUUUGAAAUUAGAUAGGUGGGAAGAUUCACAAGUGACAAGAGUCAGAGAAGUCGGCAACAUAACAGCGCGACAAUACUACGAGGAAAGAGUACCAUCAUGCUACCGGAGACCUAAUCCAGAUGCUCCACAGGUUCUUGUUGAACAAUGGAUACGGGCAAAAUAUGAACGUGAAGAAUUUUGUCAUCCCGAACGUCAAAAUCAAUAUGUUUCUGGUUAUAUGGAAGGUUUUUUAAUGAAACGUGGCAAAGAAGAUUCGCGUUAUCAUCCGCGUAAAUUUGUAUUGUCUGAAGUUGAUGACACAUUAAAAUAUCAUGUCAAAGAAAAUAAAGAUCCGAAAGCAAUACUAAGAAUAUCUGAAUUAAAUGUUGCAUUUGCACCACAAAAGACAGGACAUCAAAAUAGUUUACAAAUAUCAUUUAUGAAGGAAGGUUCAACGCGUCAUAUUUAUGUUUAUCAUGAGGAUCCAGAAGUUAUAACAAAUUGGUACUUAGCAAUAAGAUGUGCUAAAUUGCAUCGAUUACAAGUUGCCUACCCUGGUGCAUCAGAAAGUGAAUUAUUAUCACAAUUAACUAAAGAUUUUCCGAAAGAAGGUUUUUUAUGGAAAACUGGACCUAGACAAUCUGAUUCUUAUAAGAAACGAUGGUUUACAUUAGAUGGCAGGAAACUCAUGUAUCAUGAUGAUCCAAUGGAUGCUCAUCCUAAAGGUGAAAUAUUUCUUGGUUGCAGUUCUGAAGGUUUUAAUGUCAAAAUAGGAGUACCACCUGGUGCUAAAAACCAAGGAUUUUCUUUUACACUUGAAACACCUGAAAGAAGCUUUCUCUUGUCAGCACAAUCUGAAGAUGAUAGAAUACAUUGGAUUAAUAUUAUUCAAAAAGUUCUUGAAACACCACUAACACCUCAAGAUGUUGCGGUUGCUUCAAGACUAGUGAGAAAACGCACAGCAAGUGGAACGAUGAGUAUAUUUUCAACUAGGUAAAGCUUGAUUGCACUGAGAUGAUUAUAAACAUACUAUUUAAUCCUUGCCAUUAUCCGCUAGCUGAAUUAUUGACUAGCCUUUUCUUAUUAUUAUUAUAUAAGUAUAAACGACACGAAUAUUAUGAGUCAAUAAUUGAAGUAAGAUCCUUGUAUAAUGGCAGAAUAACAAAGAAGCAAAACCUUUUUUUUUUUACACCAACAAAUAGUCGAAAAAUUUGAUAACUUACCGAUAGAAAAGGCUUUGAAAUCUCAGGUUUUUUUUAUUUGUUUUUAAAAUACGAUUUUUAAUUUGUUAGUGAAAUGUGUACAAUAAGGUAUUAAUGUUUGCAUACCGUUGCCCGGUAUGAAACUACUAUUGCUACCUUUUUUUUCUGUAACCUUUUCAGUCCAUCAGUCUAUAUCUAGAUUGAAUAUUUUUCGUAAUUCAUACUACAAUCGAAGCUCCAUAUAUUAGAACUUCCGGGGAACAAUUUCUUCUCCGCUUCUCGGGGGACAAAAAGGAAUGAUAUUCGAAUAUCUUCGGAGAUCGUCCAUGGAAUAUAGUUGAAGAUGUUACGUUUGCCCACAUCCCUAAAUAUCACCGAAGAUAUCCAACUAUUUAUACUAGAAUUUAGAAUCUUUAACAUAUUCAACGAUAUUUGAAUACCUGGGAAAUAAUACAUUGUUUUACGAGGAGGUCGCCUGCGGCUCGUUUCUACGCAACCGUCGACUUGACAUCACCGUCCUGUCGUCUCGGCAUCGUCUGUGCAUGCGCCUCGCGUUAUUUUAUGAUUGUAAAAGAAGCUGGCUCAUUGCGUCCGAGUAGAACAUACUAUAUUUUGUUAUUUGUACUUGAGAAAAACAAUAUGGUAGGGUUAUCUGUCAAGAAUAGAAGGGGGGGUUUGGGGGGUCUUGCCCCCCAUCUAUCAACAGCAAUAAAAUUUUAAAUGUAUUUGAUUUAUAAACUCAAUCACUAAUUAUUAUACCAUCUCUAAUUGGUUUAGCCACGUUCAAUAUUUUUUAUUUUUUACUAUUGCAAUUACGCUACAUUGCAAAACGUUAAACAAAAAAAAAAAAGAAUAAAAAUAAUAAAAAAGAACGACACAAAAUUUUUUUUUCAAUUAAAUAAUAUGAAAAUAAUAAUAUAAUAUAAUAAUUCUGUAAAAAAAAUAUUUAAAAAAUCAAAAAAUUUAAUAUCAAAAAAUUAUCAAAAUAAUAAUAUUAUAUUAAUAUAAAUAAUAAUAUAAUUUUGAAAAAAAAUAUAAAAAACAUGAAUAAUCAUAAUAUAAUAGAAUGAAUUGCUUGAAAGCUGUUUGAUCAAGUUAAAACGUGUUUAAGAUACUCGAUGUAAGCACGCACACAUACAAGUAGGCAGACGAACUUCCCCGAUUUCACGAUAGGAGGUGUAUAAGUCGAUCACAGAGCAAGCCAACUGAAGCCAACUUUUAUUUUUUUAGUAUUAAAAUAAUGCAGGAAUCAUUCUGUUUCCCGCAUUAUUUCUAUACCAAAUGUAUAGCAAUGAAAUGAUUUUUUCAUUUCUUGCAUUAUUCUAAAAAUGUUGGAAACAAUACCAUUGCGCAUCAAAUGUAGUGUGCAAAGUUGUCUUUCUCGAGUACGGAUAACAAAAAAAAUUUCAUGUCACAAGGGCAGUGAGAAUAAUGUGUGAAUUUCCAAAGCGUCGGAAGGGUAGUUCCUUUUUUCGGAAAUUCACACAUUAUUACCACUGUCCCUAAUAACAUAAAAUAUAGUUCGUUACAUGUACCCAGUCAGAGAGCCCGCUCACAACUCAUUUGGAGGGGAAACACUCGCCAAGGCUCGUGCUUGCCUCUCCAAAUUCGUUAAGAGCACACUCUCUGCCUGGGCACUUGUAACGAAAUAUACUAUUCUGGAUAUGUCUGAAUCUGCUUUGCCAGAUCAGGCUCGAUCCGUAUAGCCGUGAUCCAGACAUAGCCGUUUCCCCACCUUUUUACGAAAAUGACCCAUGGCGGACAAAUUUCUCCAACCAAAAAUUUACUCCAACUUUUUUCCAACUUUUCUCCAACUUUUUUCCGCCAUUUCUCCAACCUGAAAUGUACUCCAACUUUUUUCCAACCUUUCUCCAAUCAUGGGUCAUUUUCGUAAAAAGGUGGAGAAAGUUGGAAAAAAGGCGGAGAAAUAUUUGUACCAGGGGGAUAUUCAAAUAUCGUUGUAUAUAUUCGAAACUUUAACUUCUAGUCAAGAAGAAGGGGUGCAUUCGUGUAUUCACGGAUUCUUUUCCACCUUUCAAUACCGGCAAUUCACUAAAAAUGCGGAGAACAACAAAAUGACAGAAUUCUCCAUACAAUUUACCAGACUUUAUGGCUCUUUGCUUAUCGGUUUUCAGACGAGUGUUUUGCUCUAGAGCUCUAAAAUAAAUGAUUGUUUGUUAAUGUCAAAAUAACAUGAGCAAAAGUACCUUUAUAGCCUAAAUGUAGUGCUAUAUUGACAUUUGACAUAUAUAUAUAUACUUGCCAAAAAUCAAAUGAUACCCAUUGCUGCCACUCAAGAAACAGCUUAUUUGUGAUAUAUUUUUGCCGGUAUUAAAGAGCGGAGAAGAAUCCGUGAAUAAACGAAUAGGGACGGGCGAUAUUUUCCGGUUAAUCGGAACAUCGUUUUUUUUUGACUCCAUUAAUCAGAUAUCGAUAUUUAUUUGGCAUAAUCGGGUUUAAAAAAUCGAG